AUGUAUAACGAAACACUGAUUGGAUACGAUAUUUCAAAUGAAUCACAUUAUACGUUCAGUUUAUUCGGGAACACCACUGAAGUUACGCAGCAGACGAACAGAUCAAACGACUCGUACGGCGGAUUCGGAUUCUACCCGGAACAUUACGGCUUGGUGCAUUUAUUAUGCACGUCCAUCAUUCUAGGCUGUAUGAUAUUAUGCACAAUAAUCGGAAACGUGUUUGUGGUGGCCGCCAUUAUUCUAGAGCGGAACUUGCAAAGUGUUGCGAAUUAUCUGAUAAUGUCUUUAGCAGUUGCUGACUUAAUGGUGGCCACGUUAGUCAUGCCUAUUAGCGCUGUGCACGAAGUGACUUCAAAAUGGUUCCUUGGGGCCGAGGUUUGUGAUCUCUGGAUUAGUUUCGACGUGUUGUGUUGUACUGCGUCAAUACUCCACCUAGUGGCGAUUGCGCUAGACAGAUACUGGGCUGUCACCCAGGUUGAUUAUAUAAGACAGCGAACAGCUAAGCGGAUAAUAUUUAUGAUCAUUCUCGUUUGGGGCUUUUCAAUCUGUAUAUCCAUUCCUCCUUUAUUUGGUUGGAAGGACAACAACAACCCGUACGAGUCCGGAGUCUGCCAGAUCAGCCAGGAUUGGGGCUACACGAUCUUCUCAACAUUUGGUGCAUUUUACAUGCCGCUUAUAGUCAUGAUGGUGAUCUAUUAUAAAAUAUUUCGUGCCGCAAGACACCGGAUUCGAAAAAGGAAUUUCAUCAACGACGCAAACAAAAAUAACAAAGCUCUCCUGACAGUUGAUGCCCCCUUGAGGAACGAUCGCGAACACACGAACUACGGGAAUACACUAAUUGUCCCAGAUUCGCCAUCUGUCAAUCACGUCUCCGUGAAUUCAGAUUCUAAUAAAGUAGUGUUCAAUCCAAAACGAACUCCAAAUUUAUCCAAUAUGCGCAAGAAUAAAAAUCCAAGUAGGCCGCCACGUGAUCGAUCUCGCGAGAGAACGCGGGAGCGGCAGAAAGAGAAACUAGAACACAAACGUGAGCGAAAGGCGGCAAGGACCUUGGCGAUUAUAACGGGUUGUUUUAUUAUAUGCUGGUUCCCAUUUUUUAUUUUAGCUUUAGUGGCGCCUUUCGUAAAGGAUAUCAGCAUAUUUCCGAAUCUUGCAUUUAGCGUGGUAUUGUGGCUAGGCUACUUAAACUCGCUUCUCAAUCCGGUUAUAUACACUGUAUUCAAUCCUGACUUCAGAAACGCCUUUAGGAAAAUUUUGUUUGGUAAGUAUCGAAAUAGACAACCGGGCAGGAGAAGGUGAUGACGUCAUCAUGAGAUCGGGAAUUGUGACCUUGACCUUAUGAACAGAGACUCGAGAGCAAUAAUCACGAUCUCUUCCAGUCUCGUUUCGUUUCGUGUGUAUCGAUCCGGUAAAUUUUAUACGAACCCGAAGAUGGAUGAAUUUCGUCAUGUAUGAUUUCCAAUGAUUAUGCGGUGUUUUCUAAAAGCAGGAACGGGAGGAACGAAUGGUUGUGGAGGAAUUUUGCUCAGUGCAGGAAAACUGAGUUGACGCUGAAAUUAGCAUAUCUUACGAGCCUACAAGCACGCUGUGAAUAACAUACAUCAAGGCACUAAAAUCACCAUCUUGGGAUCUUUGGCGGCCAUUUUGGAUAAAAAAAUUGGUUUCCUAACUUUGGGAGAGCCAUUUUGGUUUAUUGUUAUUGAAGGGUUAGAAGCCCGUGUUUGUGUCAGUAGAAACAAUGCUUGGUGUUUCUUUCAGCAGUAACGUCAGUUGGCCUAAUAUCGCCGUUUACGUCAUGACGUUAUUUCCAGUAAGAUAUUGGCGAUAUGAGAACAUGUGCCGUUUCCUUGUGGUAUCAA